GUGAGGGAGGUGUCCCAGGCAGGGCUAUAAAUGCCGUGGCCUGACGCUGACUCGCUUCCCACCCUGCCUGUCCUCGCCUGUUUUCCUUUGAGCUCUUGGUUUGCUUGGCAUCCCCCAUGGCAUCUCCCCUGGAGCAGUCCCUGGCUGUGAUAGUUUCCACCUUCCACAAGUACUCGGGGAAGGAGGGUGACAAGUAUAAGCUCAGCAAGCAGGAGCUCAAAGACAUGCUGAUGAAGGAGCUGCCCAGCUUCAGUAGCCAAACCAGCGAGGCCAGCAUCCAGCAGCUCAUGCGUAACCUGGACAGCAACAGUGACAGUGAGGUGGAUUUCCAGGAGUACGUGACCUUCCUGGCCUGCAUGGCCAUGAUGUGCAACGACUUCUUCCAGGACUACCCUGACAAGAUGCCACGUAGGAAGUGAGCACAGGGCAUUGCCCCUGGCUCCAUCUCUGCCCCCCCAUCACCAUCCCGUUGUCUUCCUGAUGUUCUGUCAAUAAAAGUCACUUUAAACCAA